GCUGCGCCACCGCUCCCCCCUCCGCUCCGCUCCUCCCACCGGACUCGGCACGCAGGCGGAUGUGUGCGUGUGUGUGAGAUGUUUGCGUGUGAGAUGUUUGUGUGUGAGAUGUUUGUGUGAGAUGUUUGUGUGUGUGAGAUGUUUGUGUGUGUGAUGUUUGUGUGAGAUGUUUGUGUGUGUGAGAUGUUUGUGUGUGUGAGAUGUGUGUGUGUGUGAUGUUUGUGUGAGAGAGAGAUCGUGAGUCCGUGCGGGGGGCUGAGCGAGGCCCAGGCCGGCGCACGAUGGGGAGCACUCUCCGUGCCUCAAGAGAGUCGGCCCCCGUCAAGAACGCGGACUGGAUGAGCUCCCUGCCGGAGCGCCUCGUCGACGUCAAGCUGCGGCACCUCGCCAUCCCAGGCUCGCAUAAUUCCUUCUCAUUCGGCAUCACGCACGAGUCCCCGGUGGGCCUCGACCUCUCCGGGGAGAUCCGCGACCUCCUGGGUACCGCCGCGUCCCUCCUGGGGUCCGCGGGCGAGGCGGUCCCUCGCUACGCCGUGCAGAGCUGGGCCGUCACGCAGGCCCUCACUUUCCGUGAGCAGCUGGAGGCCGGCGUGCGCUACCUCGACCUGCGGCUGGCGGCCCACGAUUGCGGUGACGAUAGCGGCGAGGAGGAGGACGACGACGACGAUGGGAACGAUGAUGACCGCGGCGGCGGGAGUGGAGUUGGAGGAGGCGGAGGUGGAGGUGGGGAUGGAGGCGGCGAUGGUGGCAGCGGUGGCGACGGUGAAGGCAUCAAUAAGCCUGGAGAUGGAGGGGGCGCUGGCGCAGGAGGCGGCGGAGGUGGCGGAGGUGGAGGCGGCGGUGGAGAUGGGGACGACGGUGAAGGCGGUGCUGGAAGCGGCAGUGGCAGACCGGCCAGAGACAGUGAAGUCCGAGUUGGUGGUGGAGUGGGAGGUGGCGACGGCGUUGGUGGUGAUGGCGGCGGCGGUGGCGGCGGUGGCGCAGCAGCAGCGGGAGGCGGCGGCCGCGGUAUUGGCGUGCACUUCACCCACGGCCUGCUGGCGGGCCCCGUGUGGCGAGGCCUGCGCGAGGUGGGCGCCUUCGCGAGGGCCCACCCGCGCGAGGUGCUGCUGCUCGAGUUCAAGCACCACUACGGCCUGGGCGAGCGUCACCACCGCCUGGUGCUCGCCGCCCUCCGCCGACACCUGGGCCUCCACAGGAUCUGCCCUCGUUCGGAGGCCGCGGACGCCUCCCUGCGCACCCUUUGGGAGCGCGGGCGACAGGUCAUCGUAUUCUACGAUGCGAGGGCCCUGGACGAGGAGGACCUCUGCCCCCUGACGAUGAUCCGCUCGCCGUGGCCCAACACGGAUGACGUGGAACGUGCGGUCGCCUUCCUGGAUGAGGUGGCGGCGCGGGGCCCUCCGAGCGACGCGUCCUACCGCGUCGCUCAGCUUGUGCUCACGCCGAGGACGUCCCGCCCGGGCCUGCAGCUGCUCUACGGCAGCCUCAGGGCAAGCCUCGUGCAGCCGAACAUGCCCACCCUGGUGGCGUGGCUCAAGUCGCAGCGCGCGGGCCCCCAGGGCGUGAACAUCGUCAUCGCCGACUUCGUCGAGCUCAGCGAUUUCAUCCCCAGCGUCAUUGCGCUCAACGACGCCCUCUGAACCCCCCACCCCCACAUCGACCCACCACCAACCCUGAACGCCGCGACCGCCGCCAGUCAUCGCCGUGCCACUGAUCGACGUCCACCCUCAACCGCAUCCGCUGCACAAACCGUGGCAGCGGAUGUGGAUGAUACCCGAUGCACGAAUGGAAAACGUAAAACUCUCCAGCCGGUGUGCGACUGCGGUCGGCCAGAACGCGAUGGCCCGAUCCGCAAAUCCGGAGUAGGAGACAUCGUCGCGCCGAUGAAACGCUCCGCUGUGAACUUGUAGUUGUUGCUCUGCAUCUACAUCAGCAGCAGUACGAAAGAAGAAGAACGUUUAUCGAUGCGUCCAGUUUGCUGGCUGGCUUCUGGCUGGCUUCCUGUACACCACCACCACCAACGAAGCGAGUUGGGUAAAUGGCUACACGGGGCUUUGCUGUGCAACAAAUAAGCAUUGAAUUGGAACGGCGGAAGAAUGGUGGCGGAUUUAACGACGUAUAUUUACGCUAUCUAACCCAACAAAAAAAAUAAACCUGUAGUGUGGGUGAUAUUGGUCGCGAAAGCCUACGUGUUAAAUGGUGGAAGAAGUUUUGAAGAUGUAUAAUAAGUCACACAAUAGGUUACAGUAUUGACACGAGAAGACUGUCACGGUUCAGUUAACAUUGCGCGAACUUUUCAAUUUGUCUAUUCAUGUAAUUCUUUAACCAGAAUAUUCUUUACAUUUUUGGCAAUAUAUCGAUACUUUAAAAACCUCGCAAUGCAUUAUCUUGCCAUUUUUCUGUAUUAUUACGUAAACCUGCAGAUUACGUUUCGUAUUAUCGAGCACAGCAGGGGGUUUGUCAGAAGCGUUAGCAAGAUAACAACCGCCACUCUCAUGAACAUACACGUGGUAUCAUCCCCCACAAAUAAAGAUACCCCCUUGAACCUCAA